ACCUCCAAAAAAAUCAAAACAAAAACAUAAACAAAGUCAAUUAAUUAGGAAAAAUAUUAAAAAUAAUGCCAUUUACGGCGGAUGCAGCUGCGACUCAGAUUCAGGAGCGAUUGAAGAAUAUUUUCCAGCUACUCCAAGAUAUCGAGAAGGAGCGCUCGAGGUCAGAGAUCAAUCUUAACAAUAUAACAAAAGCUCAUGAGAAAGUCGCCCCCGACGAUAAAGUGACGCCUUAUUAUCAGCAAAAACUCAAAUCCUUGUACAAUUCAGCGGUGCAGGACGCAGGACAGGAGGAGGAACUCCUCAGGAAUGCCUUGACGAAGAUCAAUGAGAUAAGGUCAAUAAGAAACGAGAGGAGGAUCCAAGCAAGAAAUGCUGGAAACAAAGAGACGAUUCGUCGAGGUGCCCUGAUGAAGAUGUUGCAGAGUACAGCAGCAACACUUCCCCUGUACAUCGGUAAAACCCCAAGUGCAAAGCCCCCACCACUUUGUGGGGCCAUUCCCGCGGAGUCCACGUACAUUGCCAAAAUGGGAGACAUGGUGGCAGCUCUGGUGAAGGGCGCCGAGGAGGAGGAGAACUGGAUUUUGGCGGAGGUUGUGCACUUCAACGCGACGACUAACAAAUACGAAGUCGAUGACAUCGACGAGGAGCAGAAAGACAGGCACACAUUAUCCAAGAGAAGAGUUGUUCCUCUGCCCCUGAUGAGGGCCAAUCCUGAGACUGAUUCACACGCCCUCUUCCCCAAGGGCUCAAUCGUCAUGGCACUCUAUCCCCAGACCACAUGUUUUUACAAAGCUGUUGUCAAUCAGCUGCCAACAUCUGCCACUGAGGAGUACGAGGUACUCUUCGAGGAUGCCACUUACGCUGAUGGGUAUUCACCACCUCUCAAUGUCGCCCAGAGAUACGUCAUCUCCAUCAAGGAGGGGAAGAAGAGCAAGAGUUAGGGGUUGGGGCGAGGUAGCAAUUAUCGGAAAUAUUGGGGGGAUGAUCCGGAGAAAUUGGAAGUGUAGCGGAUUUUUUUAAUGAAUAAAUGCUCGUGUUUUUUGGAAAUUCUGGGAAUUUAUUCCCGUCAUUUUGUGGUUUUCUUAAACAGUUCGAAAUUCUCGAACUCGAAAUUCCUUCAAAAUUUUCGCUACAAGAGAUGAUAGCUGAUAGCUUUUUAUCGCAGAUUUGUGAUCAGAAAACAAAAUACUAUUCGAAUAUCAAUUUUCGAAAAUGGGGAAAUUAACGAAUCAUAUUUUUAUUGACAUCCUACACCAAAAGUCAAUUCUAAAAUACGACGAAUAAAAUUUUUGGUCAAUUAAACCAAAAUUUAGGAACAGAUCGAAAAGAUAAAUAAAAAAAUGAUGGAAAUGAAAAAAUUAAAAAAUGGGGAAAAUCAAAAAAAUGUAAUGGUGUCCGUUUUAUUUGUCCGUACACUUAUUUUUUAAUCUUUCUGUUUAUUAUUGUCUUCUCGUUUUUGUUUUCUCGACAUUUUCUUCAAUAACUAAGAAAUCGCCCACUUACUGCAUAAUUUUGUA